GACAUGCUCAUUGGCCUUUCAGAUGAGCCGCCAGAGAUCUUGACGUUAUCACCAUACAAGGAAGGCCUCCUUUGGUUCUCCCGCAAUGAGCCGUUGGAAAAGGUUGAUGUCAGCAGCCCACAGACGUUGAAAGACGGCUACCAGAAGUCUGUGCUCCUGCUGAACAACAUCAAUCCGAGAUCGCUGCUUUCAGUUGCAGCAGGUGACUUGGCUGUGCCCGAACAGCUCAACUUGGCGUCGAAAGCACCGCAGAAGGAGCUCGGGUACUUUGGCUGGUACCCGUGCAACUGGCAGGACAAGGACUCGCCUUGUGCGAAACUUGAUGAUCGCCUCCUUCCAUCAAAGGGAAGCAAGACCUUCGAAUGCCGCCCAG